AUCAAGAACGUCGCUAGAAGAGAUACCAGGCGGCCAUGAUAGCCAAGGUAUCUCUCCGUCAUACAGUUCUCUGAGAAGUUCAGGUUGAAUUCGUGAUCUGUGUAAAGUAUACUCGUUGGAUACAGAGUCGAACGAAUGCGGUUCUCGGUUGUUAGAAGAGUUUGAAUGUCGGAGAAACGAAAAAUGAGAGGAUUUGAAGGAAGGCUGUGUGAGGAGUUCUCAGCUGGGUAUUAUGGAAUCUGCACAGUUGGAGGAAUGCUCAGUGCUGGUACUACCCAUCUUGCAAUAACUCCGCUUGAUGUCUUAAAAGUGAACAUGCAGGUGAACCCAAUCCAGUAUAAUGGCAUUAUAUCAGGUUUUAGUACUUUAUGGAAAGAACAAGGCCCUUCUGCCUUUUGGAGAGGUUGGUCUGGUAAAUUUUUUGGAUAUGGUCUUCAAGGUGGAUGCAAAUUUGGUCUCUAUGAAUACUUCAAGAAACUCUACUCCGAUGUGCUGGUAGAUCAUAACAGGAGUGUUAUAUUCUUUGUCAGCAGUGCAUCUGCACAAGUAUUUGCUGAUGUGGCUCUCUGUCCAUUUGAAGCAAUCAAAGUCCGUGUUCAAACACAGCCUAAUUUUGCAAAGGGUUUGGUUGAUGGGUUUCCAAAAUUGUAUGCGACUGAAGGACUUUCUGGCUUUUAUAAGGGACUCAUUCCACUUUGGGGUCGCAAUAUUCCAUUCUCCAUGAUAAUGUUUUCGACAUUUGAGCAUUCAGUCGACAUGAUAUACCGUAAUGUUAUUCAAAAAAGAAAGGAAGAUUGCUCAAGAGCUCAACAACUUGGUGUGACAUGCUUAGCAGGCUAUACAGCUGGAGCUGUUGGUACCAUAAUCUCUAAUCCUGCUGACAAUAUUGUUUCUUCUCUUUACAACAAAAAAGCUGAAACUGUGCUGCAAGCCAUGAAGAACAUUGGGCUUGUCAAUUUGUUUACUAGAAGUCUUCCUAUUCGAAUCACACUCGUGGGGCCUGUUGUAACUUUGCAGUGGUUUUUCUAUGACACGAUUAAAGUGCUAAGUGGACUGCCUACUAGUGGAGGGCUAAGCAGGCAUCUGGAAGGAGCUUGCUGAUCAAUGCAUGGUGGUGAUGCAAAAUGGCAUUUUAGUCGGGCAAAACGUAGGGACUGUCCCAUGGGAAAACGUUCUUGUUUCAGAAAUAAGGGCAGCAAUGUUCCUAAAACAUAAACUUGAAUCAUCAUCAUAGGGUGUAGCUGCCCAGAUUGUUAUGGUAGUUUGGUCAAGUUUUUAUAAUUUGUGUAUGCUUUUACAGCGCAGGCUUAUUAUAUUCAUUCAAUUAUUCUUCCUCUUGGAUGGUUCUAACUCACAAUUGCAGUGUAAGCUGUUAGUAAAUUGAUGGUAGAGUUGUAGAAAGGAAUUAUUGACAUGCUACAUUUUUGUAUAUCAGGAAAUGUAAAUGAAGCCACAUUAGUUGGUAUUGGGGGGUUUGAUUCAA